AUAUGAAAUUCGUGGCGUUUAUGUGGAGAUAGUGACAAGAGUUCAUCAGAUAAAUAAUAUUCUAAUUACGACAAAGUUGAUUAAGUUUUAAGUGUGCGUGGCUAAUUAUUUUUAUAUGAUAAAAUUCUGAGUGUGCUAUUUUAGAACACAUCUUUCUGUGUAAAAUUUAGCCGAAUUUCUUGUUUGCUGACUGAUUCUCUAAUGGUCGUUUUGGUAAACUGAAUUAACCUUUUCUUGUUGAACAUUUGAUUUUCAAAAUGUUUACAGCACCAAUAAUUAAACCACCUGGGUGGUUUGGCCGCAUGUCACCGGAGAAGCAGGAUACUUUAUUGAAAAUGUUGAUCCUGUCUAUGGCCGCUAUCUUAUCAUUUUCUACGCGUCUGUUUUCGGUUUUACGAUUUGAAAGUGUCAUUCACGAAUUUGAUCCCUACUUCAACUAUCGAACAACAAAAUACUUAGCAGAAAAUGGAUUUUACAGUUUUCAUAAUUGGUUUGAUGAUCGAGCAUGGUAUCCACUUGGCAGAAUUAUUGGUGGCACCAUUUAUCCUGGUCUCAUGAUAACCUCUGCUACGAUUUAUCGUAUCCUACAGUUUUUGCACAUAACCAUCGAUAUUCGUAAUGUAUGCGUCUUCUUGGCUCCUUUAUUCUCAAGUCUUACAACCAUCAUCACGUAUCUGUUGACAAAAGAACUUAAGGAUGCCUCUUCAGGACUUGUUGCAGCCGCUAUGAUAUCUGUUGUUCCGGGCUAUAUAUCACGAUCUGUUGCAGGCUCUUAUGAUAAUGAAGGAAUUGCUAUUUUCUGCAUGUUGCUUACAUAUUAUAUGUGGAUCAAAGCUGUAAAAACUGGUUCAAUUUACUGGGCUGGAAUGUGUGGUAUUGCUUAUUUUUACAUGGUCUCAUCAUGGGGUGGUUAUGUGUUCCUCAUCAAUUUAAUACCUCUUCAUGUGUUGGCAUUGAUGAUUACUGGCAGAUUUUCUCACCGUGUAUAUGUGGCUUACAGUACUUUGUAUUGCUUGGGCACUUUGUUAUCAAUGCAGAUAUCAUUUGUUGGAUUCCAGCCUGUACAAUCCAGUGAACAUAUGGCUGCAUUGGGUGUAUUUGGUCUUUGUCAACUCCAUGCAUUUGCUGAUUAUGUUAGUUCUCGUUUAAGUAAAGAAGAUUACGAAGUUUUAAUCCAAACUAUAUAUACGAUCUGUGCUGUAAUCACUAUUUCUGCUGGGGCUGUUUUAACCAUUACUGGAAAAAUAUCUCCUUGGACUGGAAGAUUUUAUUCUCUAUUGGAUCCUUCUUACGCUAAAAACAAUAUUCCCAUCAUUGCAUCUGUAUCUGAACAUCAACCUACAUCUUGGUCAAGUUUCUACUUUGAUUUACAAUUUUUGGUUUUUAUGUUCCCUGUUGGACUUUACUACUGCUUUUCAAAAUUGACAGAUGCCAAUAUAUUCAUAAUAUUGUAUGGUGUAACUAGCAUUUAUUUUGCUGGAGUGAUGGUCCGUUUGAUGCUGGUGCUUGCUCCUGUUAUGUGUAUUUUAUCUGGAAUUGGAGUUUCAUCAAUUCUUACAACAUAUUGUAAGCAAUUGGAGACUAUUCCGCAAGAGAAGAAGGCUAAGCGAUAUGGCAGUAACUACUUUAAGAAGAAUGAAAUUGCAUGGUCAUUUAUUUUCUGUAUGUCUUUCUUUUUGACUGCAUAUAUGCUUCAUUGCACAUGGGUUACAUCAGAAGCAUACUCAUCACCAUCUAUUGUACUCUCAGCCCGUAGCCAUGAUGGUUCUCGAAUUAUUUUUGAUGACUUCCGAGAAGCUUAUUAUUGGUUACGUCAUAAUACUCCUGAGGAUGCCAAAGUAAUGUCCUGGUGGGAUUAUGGCUAUCAAAUUACAGCUAUGGCUAAUAGAACAAUCCUGGUAGAUAACAAUACAUGGAACAACACUCAUAUAUCUCGAGUUGGACAGGCAAUGGCUUCUACGGAGGAUAAAGCAUAUGAAAUAAUGAGGGAGUUGGAUGUGAAUUAUGUGCUAGUAAUUUUUGGCGGUCUUACUGGAUACUCAUCUGAUGAUAUAAAUAAAUUCUUAUGGAUGGUAAGAAUUGGUGGAAGCACUGAUCGUGGUAAGCACAUAAAAGAAAAUGAUUAUUACACAUCAUCUGGUGAAUUCCGUAUUGACAAAGAUGGCUCUGAAACCCUCUUGAAAUCAUUGAUGUAUAAGAUGUGCUACUAUAGAUUUGGUCAAGUUUAUACUGAAGCUGGCAAACCUCCUGGCUAUGAUCGUGUGAGAAACGCAGAAAUAGGAAAUAAGAAUUUUGAAUUGGAUGUUUUAGAAGAAGCAUACACAACAGAGCAUUGGCUUGUUCGAAUUUAUAAAGUAAAGGACUUGCCAAACAGAGGGGUUCAAUGGUAACAGUUUAUCAUUAUGUCUUCGAUACUUAAUAUUUUUUUAUAUUUAAGUGAAAUGUUUACAAAUAUAUGCAUUUUUUAACAUUAACUUUUCUUCUUUUUUUUAUGGUGUAAGGAUCAAUAUUUUUUGCUCAUUCUUUUCAGUUACUGUUACCUCUUAAAAGAUAACAAACUGUUUAUUGUUAAACAUUUUAGAUUUAAGUGAUUUUAUAAACUUAAAAAGAACCUAUGUGAAUAUUUUUUGUUAUCACAUGUAUAUGAGCUAAGAUGAGCAAAUUUUCUUGCUCGUUUAUUUACCAUUGUUUAGAGUUCAAUUCGUUUUGGGUAAUGAUCAUCUUAGUGUACUUUUUUUUUUACUAAUUCUGAAACUAAUAUUUACUUCAUAUGUUUCAUUAAAAAUAAAUUUGUUAAAUAUUUAUAAAAGUUAGCCCAGAGCAGGAAAAAAAAAAAGUCUUAUCUAAUUGGUUUCAUGUAUUGGUUAAACAAAAAAAAACAUGAGCUAGAAUAGAACAAGUUGAAAGUUUAUUAAUACUUAAUGAGAAUUUUGAAAUUCUUCUACUUAAGAGUGGAUAUGAUCAAACAUCUUUAUGAGUAGAAACUUGAACAUCAUUUUAAAUUCUUAAGAAUUGUUGAUAUGUAGAUUUCUUUUCAAAGAAACCUGUAACAUUGUUCUGGCUAACUUUCUUAUAUUUACUAAUGUACUUUUUAAUAGAAUGAUUUAGUAAAUGUAUAUUUUUGAAAUGUGCAUCUGUAAAAAUGAUACUAUGCAUGUGUAAUAGAAAAACGCUAAAAUAAUAUGUAAUGUUAUAAUUUAUGUACGAAAAAUUUUGAAACACACACAUAUAUAUAUUGUUUGUUACAAAGACAAAUGUUGUUCAGGAUAGUUUAUCAAAUCAAAAUUGGAGUUUUGUACUAACCAGUGAGUUAGCUUAUGCAGAUAUUUAUUAUAAUUGGUUUAUGUUUUUUAAUGCAAAGGUUCUUUAAAAGAAACUUGUUAUCUGCAUUUGAUUUUGCAUGUUAUUUGGAUUCUACUUCAUUAAAGAGGACAUUUUGUUAUA